AUGGCGGAGUCAAGUGCAAAAGAGCGAAGUCGACCAUGGACAGAAACAGAGCUCAAGUACUUCGCCCUUGUUCUUGCAGACGAAACAAACGAGUUUGCUUACAAACUGGACACGCUUGCGUUGAAGAAGACUGCAAACAAACCUGUCUUCGAGGAUAUAAAGAAAGCCUUUGAGGAGCGCAUAUCCUCCGAAGAAUUUAAAGAAGAAAAUGACAGAGAACAUCGUCAGUCUAAAUCGAAAAAGGCUUUAACUCAUCUGAGAAUUGAUGUUGAAAAGCUUCGAGUGAAAUUUAAGUGGAUAAAAGAUCAAUGGCGUAAAUACACGGAUCGCAUCAAGAAAGGUAGUGGUAAGUCACCAAUUGAAGAGCCUGAGUGGUACAAAAUCAUAAAUCCAAUUUUUUCGGACACCCACGGUAACCUGGAAAUUGCUUCCAAAGCAAGAGAUGUUUUGUCUCAUGAGAAUUCAGACACAGACAGUGACGAAGAGCAGUUAGAAACAAGUCAUAGCAGUUAUCAGGAAGAUGAUGGUGAGGAAGAGUUAACCUCAGCAAGUGAGAGUGGAACCGAAGGUGUUAAAAGGAAAGUUUUAAAAAUUCAUUGGACGUAAAACCAUUAGGUCGUAAAAAACGAGUAAGAAGUCAGUCCCAGGCCAUAAAUGAGAUCGCAAAGAGUUUUCACGCACUUGGAGAAUCACAGCAAAAGCGUUGUGAAAAGAUGAUGGAAGCAGACAAAGAAAGGCAUGCUGAAUUUCUUGCUUUUCAGAAAGAGCAAGCCGAAUUGAAUAGGCAGCAUGAGCUAAAGAUGCUUGAAAUCAUCAUGAAAUAUUCAAAUCCUCCACCCCAAGAAGCACAGCAGCAUCUCCAACAACAAACAAUACCUGUGCAGCCUCUUGUACCUUAUUACAAUUCAAUGCCA